AAUAGAGCUAUUAGAAAAUCGGUUCAAAAGAUGGUUCUCAUCAUGAAAUCUUCUCUUUUGGCCGUUAUUCUUGUCAUUUAUUUCAGCAGCGUCCAAGCUGAACUGAAACUGUUGAAUGUUGUCUUUAGACACGGCGAUCGUGCUCCUGACGAUAAUGGCUUAGAGAUUUAUCCGAACGAUCCCCACAAGAAUGAUCCUUUCGAACCGAUGAGACUGGGUGGACUGACAAAUAACGGAAAAAUGAGAGAAUAUAAAUUGGGAGCACAUCUCCGAGAACAUUACGGUGAUUUUUUGGGUGACAUUUAUCAUGCAUCGGAAGUAAGUGCUAGAAGUACCAACAGCGACCGAACGAAAAUGAGUCUCCAGCUAGUCUUAGCCGCUCUCUACCCGCCCAAAGACGCACAAGAUUGGAACAAGGACCUACACUGGCAGCCGAUACCUGCUACCUACGUACACAGUCUGGACGACAACCUUAUGGUACCCGAAGAGUGUCCCAAGUACCUCGAAGCUCGUGCAAGAGCUGAAGCAUCGGAAGAAUUCCAAAACAAGCUCAGGGUGUUUGAACCCUUGAUGCGGAAUUUGACCAUCGAAACUGGCAAAGAAAUUAAGAACUCCAACGAUCUGUACUUUUUGUGGUUUGCUCUGAUGUCCGAGUACGCCAUGAAUCUAACUCUGCCAAGUUGGGCAUACACAAUCUUCCCUACUGGUAAACUACUCGAUGGUAUCAACCUAGAGUACGAUAUUGCCAGUUUCAACGACGAGCUGAAGAAACUGAACGGUGGAAUGUUGCUGCGAAAAUUCAUUGACGACAUGGUUUUGUACAGCAAAGGAGACAAGAGCAUCGUGGAUCAAAGGAUCAAGCUGUACAGUGGCCACGAGACAAAUAUCGCCGCAGUACUUCAAGUUUUGGGACUGUAUUAUCCACACCCACCGGAAUAUUCGAGCGCCGUGUUCGUCGAGCUUCACGAGGACGAUGGCGUGUACAGUGUUAAGGUCAAGUACUAUAAGGGAAAACCGAGUGAACACGAAGAGAUGACCAUUAAAGGAUGUGGAAGUCCAUGUACUCUUGAAAACUUCCAGAAAGUUUUGGCUCACGUCACUCCUUCCGAUGAAGACAUAAAGUGCGAUAAAAGAUCGCUUGCUUCUAAAAUCACAAGAAAUGAAAUCAACGUUGCUUCCGGAAUCAUCAAGCAAAUAAGGGAUGCUCUUGAUAAAGAGAAUAGAACACGUGGCACUUUACAGUAGUAAAACUAUUUUCCAGAGUAUUAUUUUUUUUCUAAGUGUAAUGUAUAUGAAUAGCUUGAUAGUGUAUUUAUGGCAUUAUGUUAACCGCAUUACUGGUAUACAUAACUGUUAAAUUAGUGUAAUAAUAAAUUAUUUCGUGUGCAAAUA